CCUCCCCUCCAGUCUUACACAGGUGUACCGGCCCCUCCCCUCCAGUCUUACACAGGUGUACCGGCCCCUCCCCUCCAGUCUUACACAGGUGUACCGGCCCCUCCCCUCCAGUCUUACACAGGUGUACCGGCCCCUCCCCUCCAGUCUUACACAGGUGUACCGGCCCCUCCCCUUCAGUCUUACACAGGUGUACCGGCCCCUCCCCUCCAGUCUUACACAGGUGUACCGGCCCCUCCCCUCCAGUCUUACAUGCACAGGUAUCCCGGCUCCUCCCCUCCAGUCUUGCACAGGUGUACCGGCUCCUCCCCUCCACAGGUGUACCGGGUCCUCCCCUCCAGUCUUACACAGGUGUACCGGCUCCUCCCCUCCAGUCUUACACAGGUGUACCGGCUCCUCCCC